UGAUAAACGUCAAACUUAACGAACAUAACCUGUAAUCACAUGUGAUUUUGGUAUUUUGCAAAUAAAAUCUACUUUAAAAGAAGUAUGAUAUAGUUUUAACGAAUAAAUAAAUAUGCGCAUCGAAACGUGUUAUUUUUGUUCAUCAAGAAUAUAUCCCGGCCACGGUAUUCAGUUUGUUAGGAACGACUGCAAAAUAUUUAAGUUUUGUCGGUCGAAAUGUCACGCAGCCUUUAAGAAAAAGAAAAAUCCUCGUAAAGUAAAAUGGACAAAAGCCUAUCGAAAAACAGUUGGCAAAGAAUUGGCGAUUGACCCUUCAUUUGAAUUUGAAAAACGUAGAAAUAUACCCAUUAAAUAUAAUAGAGAAAAAUGGACAAAAGCAGUUGAGGCUAUGAAGAAAGUAGAAAAAAUUAGACAAAAGAGACAGAACAAUUACAUAAUGCAAAGACUUCGUAAGGGCAGAGAAAUUGAAACUGAGAGGGAUAUUAAAGAAGUUCAGAGAGAUCUUUCUCUCAUACGAGCUCCUGCUGCUGGAAUGAAGGAACGUAAAGCUGCUGAACUGGCCAUGGAGGAAGCAAGGGAAAGUGAUCAUGAUGAAGAAAUGGCAGAAAUUGAAGAUGGAGGAGAAGUAAUGUUAUAAUUAUAAUUUUUACGGAUUAAUGUUAAUUUCACAAAAUUAAUUUAAUGUAGAUAGUAAUUUACGUUAAAUACAACAAUAUUAUUGUAAUAAAAGCAGAAAUAAAUAAUAAUUAUAA